AUGGACUACUCAAGACUGCGGGCCGCCGCUAUGCGGGAUGGAGAGGACGAAGAAGCCGUUACUGUCGAUACCCGAGCCCUGAUCGACAAGGUUCUUGCGAGAUACUCUGGAGAAUGGACGACAUUGCGAGAACUGAUCCAGAACGCCGCCGAUGCCCAAGCAAAGACCGUGAGCGUCAAGUGGGAGACGCUUCCUUCGACAUCAGUACCUCUACCCAGCACCUCGAACCGAUCCGACCUCCUGAAGCACGUCCUAUCAAACCAUACCCUCCGUCGACUCGUUGUGCAGAAUGAUGGCCAACCUUUUACCAAGACCGACUGGGGAAGACUAAAGCGAAUCGCCGAAGGAAAUCCAGACGAGACAAAGAUUGGUGCUUUCGGUGUCGGUUUCUACAGUGUCUUUGCGGACUGCGAGGAGCCAUUCGUCAGCUCCGGCAGCGAGGCUAUGGCAUUCUACUGGAAGGGGAAUGCUCUAUUCACGAAAAAGUCUCAGCUACCAGCAGAUCAAUCAACCCAUCAUACUACCUUUGUCCUGGACUAUCGAAAUACCACGACACCUCUACCGAAUCUACUCUCCGUCAGUCAGUUUCUGGCGACGAGUUUGACCUUUGUAGCACUGGAGCAGAUCGAGUUCUGGAUCGAUGACUACCAGAUCAUGGCCCUCAAGAAGAAGUCAUCCCCAAGCGUGGAACUGCCCCUACCCCGAGACCUCGAAGCAAGGACAAAAGAUGGUCUUAUGAAGGUUGUAAGCGUGGAUAGAACCAGCACGCAGAUUGAUGCGUCAUACAUGGCUGCUAUCGGCUGGAAACCACAGGCUGCGGCGACCACUACGAAAUCUACAGAUUCCUACGGCGCCGCAGAAGCGCCCUCGUUGAGAUCCUUCUUUGCAAGACUCACGUCAACUGCGUCACAAGCCGGGCUUAGGUCCAAGGCGCAGAAUGAGGAGAAUGCAGCACAAGCAACAAUCUCUGAAGAUGUGACCAAGCUUUCGACGUCGACCAUCUUCCUCCGGGCGACAUCUGCAAACAUCCGGACAAAUGUCCAGGCUUCCUUUGCAUCGGAACUAGAGCGAGCUACAAAGAAGCCCCCGCCAAAAACUACAAAGAUUGGCAUUCUGACUUCGUCUUAUGAUGAAGCUCAAGCUUCUCAAGAUGCUGCGUCUUCUGGGGCACUUGGAAAAGCUACAGAUGUCUUUGCAUCUGUACUUCCAAGCAAAAAGCCAGGUGGACGUAUCUUUAUCGGCUUUCCCACCAUGCAAACCACCGGAGCCGGACUGCACAUUUCAGCUCCGUCGGUUAUUCCAACUGUAGAGAGAGAGGCUAUCGAUUUAAACGCUCGAUGGGUGAGGACGUGGAACGUCGAGAUCCUUCGAGCUGCAGGAAUCAUCACCCGACUGGCAUUUGCCAACGAGAUGAGUGAUCUUCGCAGUCGAAUCAAGCAGGCCAUGGACAAGGAGACCAAGUUCUCUCCAGCUGUCAUUGCCAAAUUCAUGCCCGAGGCGCUCCAUGUUCUCAAGACAUUCACAUUCGGUGACUCAACACCCAGCGGACAGGUCGGCCAAAUCAUCGAGGAGGCGUUCUGGAUCUGCUUUAGAAAGGCUUCGAUCGAGACCUACUCAAGUCGGGGUGUUCUGCAGACCGCAGAUGUUCGCAUUGCCUCGGAAGAAAUGAGCAAAUUCGUCGACAGCAUUCCAGUGAUCCCUAAGGAGAUGGUGGAUGUUCCUUUUGUCAAGAAACUCAUCGACUUUGGUCUCAUUUCGCACAUCACUGUUACCGACGUGAAGAAGGAGUUGGAGACCAAAGCCAUGAACAAAGUCCAACUGAUAAACUUCAUCAGCUGGGCUGGAAAGAAGAGCUUCAGUGGUGAACUCGAUCCUGGUAGCCGAGAUGCCCUCCUGGAAGUCGCCGUGGGUACAAUGAGUGAUGAUGGCGAGCAGGGCGAGAUCAUCGCCCUGGGAAGCAUCAAAAACCAUCUCAUUGCCAACAGGAUUCCCACAAGUUUGCCCAUUCCACCGACCACCAUCCCUCACGCACUCACAGCCAACUCUAGUUCUUCAGAGUUGCAAGCUCUCGGAUGGGAACCGUUAGAGAUUCUACCUUGGCUGAGAUUCCUUCUAGAGACUGGUGCUGCCAGGUCUGAAGACGAGAGUCUAACGAAAUCGCCCAAGUUCGCUGUUCAGGUCUUGACUGUGCUUGCCAAGAACUUUGAGAACUCAACUGCGACUGCAAGGACUACUAUUGUCUCACUGCUUCAAGCCAACACGGUGGUGCCCACCAAACAAGGCAUGAGGAAGCCCACAGAGUCCUUCUUCCCCUCUGUCAAGCUUUUCGAUGACCUCCCCAUCAUCCAGGGCUGUGAGAAAAUCAAGGAGAAAUUCUUGGUGGUGAUUGGUGUCCGAAAGACUGUCGAUCUCGAGACCAUUUUCACGAGACUGCUCAACGCUUCGAACGAGACAGGAGAGCAGAAAUGGAGUCAUGUUGAGCUCAUCAAGUAUUUGGCUUCAGUUCGGGAUGAUAUCCCAGCUCAGGACUUGAUUAAGCUGCGACAAACGCGCUUUUGCCCAGCUGAGGCUGGGCCAAAGGGUAUGGAGCCUACCAAGGGGUCAGAGACACGAUACAAAGUGUCGGAACUCUUUGAGCCCAAGGACUCGCUACGUGCUUUGCAGUUACCUAUCCUACAGUGGCCUGGUCCUCCUGGGAGCUAUCGUCCAAGCAGCCAGGAGGCCAGGUUCCUCAACUCUCUUGGACUGCGACCUCAUCCUUCAGUCCCCGAACUUGUUGAGAUGAUGGCGGGCAAGGAUGAGGCGUUGCGAGUUUCUGCUAUGACCUACUUCCUUGCCAAUCAUCAAAUCAAUGGAUACGCAUCUUUCCACCUUGGCGACAGCACGAAGGCGAUCAUGCCUCUAGAAGGCAGCACCCGUCUUGUCCCGCCUUCACAGUGCUUUUACAACCCGCGAGCGUCAAUACUUGGGUUCAACGUUCUAAGGAAAGACCUGCACGACCACGCCAUCAAAUUCGGUGUGGCCAGGGAUCCGCCCAUGGUAGAGUGCACGAAUCGCCUGUUGGCCUCGCCUCCUGAGGAUCACAAGAAGGCUGUUGUUCUCUUCAGCUACUUUGCAUCUCGAAUCACGGAGCUGGGUGAAAACAACAUAGCCAAGUUGCGAAAUGCUCCUAUUGUUCCGAUCGCUCGGACCUCGCGGUCAAAUGAGAAAUCAGUCUCCAAGAUCGCCCACGUCAGUCCCUCCCGCGUCUAUCUAGGGACCUCGUCCACGUACGGCGACAUCUUUGACUUUGUCAAUUUUAGCCCCGAGGCGAAUGCGUUCUUGUUCCAGUGCGGUGCCAAGAGUGAGCCUACCAAGCUGGAGGUUGCACAUAUGGCGUGCACAGAACCAGCUCGCCUCCUCGGUGUUCUCCAGAGCUCAGAGAAGUACCUUGAUCUUCUCAAGUCUCUAGCAGAUGCAUCACCGAUGCUUCAGCGCGAUAGAGAGCUUUGGAGAAAGAUGCGGGCAGCUCCUUUCCUUCUUGCGUAUAAGGAGCUGGCAGCCCCCAAGGGCAAGUCGGACGAUUUGGAGGAUGAAGAUGAGCCCAUCAGGCAGUACCAGCUUGCUUCUGCUAGCCAGAUUGUGAUUCUCGACGAUAUUAUCAGCUAUCGACUCUUCAAGGACAGGCUCAUCUGUGCACCGGAAGAGGACGCCCUCGAAGUCUUCUAUCUUUCUCUUGGAGCUCAAAAGCUGAGUAGCAUCGUUCAGGAGGAUAUUAAAAUUGGCCCACACAGCGACAGGCAAAAGACGGCUAUGAGCCUCCGUAAGCAUGUCAUUGAGAGAUCCAAGAUCUUCCUCUUUGAGUACGCAAACUACCGACGCGACAUCAUCAAACAUGACGCAAAGUGGCUAGAUAAGAAUCUCACCGUAGAGAUUGUUCGCUCAGUUGCACUGAGAAGGACCCUCAAGGGCCACACUCAAACUCACACGGAAAAGCGCUCAGCUGCGAGCAACAGAACCAGUAAUGGCUGGGUUCUGUAUGUGGCUGACGAGGCGAAGCCAGAUAUGUAUCAGGUUGGACAGGCUAUCUGUCAGAUGCUCCUGAACCGACCGAAUCAGCAAGCAUACCUCUUCUUUGAGCCGUUCCUUACUCUGGAUCUCUAUGGUCUGAGAGCUCGUGGAUACAAUGUCGACCGAAUCCUACGAGCCAAGGCUGCCGAGGCGAGAAUUGCCGAGGAAGAAAGGCGAAAGGCACUUGAAGAGGAGCAACGCCAAAUCCAGGAGAGAGAACAACAGUGGAGCUCUAAGGGAGCAGAGGCGACAGCGGCUGCGGCUGCGCGCGAGGCUACGAGGGUGCCGGAGCCCCUUGGCCCAACGAUGCCAGGUUCCUGGGAUCAGCCAGAGGACACGAAGCCUUCUCAGAACCAGCAAGCGAGAAAGGGUAGAGGACUAUUCUCCAACCUGACUCGUCGACUGGGCUUCGAUACUACUGAGCAGAAUGAAGAGGGCUCACAUCAGCAGUUGGACAAGUUCUUGGACAAGCCCAAGGAAGGCGAGUCUUCUGGCAGCGGCGCGGCUGAUACAGGCAAGCGGCCCCAGGACGAGGGGAGAGUGACAAGCCCUGCUGUUGUGCAACAGAAUCUGCUCAAUGCCGUCAAGUCCACCCGAGCGUACGGAUCUAAUAGUGUCUUCUCGGAGCCUCAGGUCAACCAAGUCAAGGAGCAGGCGACGUACUGCGACAAGACGCCUGCGCAGAACAUCACGUUCAUAGCCGAGACCGCCAGCGGCAUGAAGGUCUUUAUGUCCAGGGAUCUCAAAGAACCCAGCGAGUUCCUGGCGAAGCACAUCCAGAACGUCAACAUCUUCUCCAGCCUCCUGACCGAGGUCGGCAACGUCUACUCGCUAUCGCCUAAGGUUCUGCAUAUAUUCUACGACGAGAAGGGUGGCACGAUCGCCUUCAACUCGGGAGGCAGCAUCUUUUGCAACUUUAGAUUCUUCCUACAGCUGCACGCCGCGCAGAUCGAGACCAAGACUGGACAGGCCAAGGCCGAGGUUGCGACGUGGUGGUGGGUGGUUUUGGCUCACGAGCUGGCGCACAAUCUUGUGACGGUUCACAACGCAGAACACAGCUACUACACUGAAUCCUUUAUUCAGCAGUAUAUCCCCAAGAUGAUUGCCAAGACGGCGCAGUGGACGACCAACGCUGGAGUAGAGCCGUCUCGACGGUAUUUAGAGAACUCGACACCCUCUGCAGCACCGCCACCCUACCCAGGAGCAGAGAGGAGUUUGCUAGACUGA